AUCCACCAUCCUGCAGGAGAGCAAGUCCCUGCUGAAGAGCCAGACCGUGUCAGACCAGGCAGUGGCAGAAGCCCUGUGUGCCAUCAUGCUCCUGGAGGACAGCUCUCCACGCCAGGCCCUCGCCGACUUCCUUCUGGCCAGGAAGCUGGCCAUUCAGCAGCUGCUCAACCAGCCACACCACAGUGCAGGUAUAAAAGCCCAGGUGUGCUCACUGAUGGAGCUGCUAACCACUACCCUGUACCAGGCUCAUGCUCUCUUCUACACCGUGCCCGAAGGGAUGCCACCAGACCCAGCCCUGCCCUGUGGUUUGCUCUUCUCCACCCUGGAGAGCACCACAGGCCAGCACCCUGCAGGGAGAGGUGGGGUUCUGGAGGACGAGGUGAAGCUGAGCAGCUGGUUCAGGUACCUCCCAGAGUCUGUGGUGCAGUUCCAGCCAGCCCUAAGGACCCUGGCACACCCCAUCAGCCAGGACUACCUCAGGGACACGCUGCAGCAGUGGAUCACCAUGUGCAGCGACGACAUCAGGGCCGGGGUCAGCAACCUGCUCGUCUACGUGAAGAGCAUGAAAGGCCUCGCGGGGAUUCGCGACGCAGUGUGGGAGCUGCUCACCAGCGAGUCCGUGAGCCAGAACUGGGAGGCCGUGUGCCGCCGCCUUUUGGAUAAACCCGCUUCCUUCUGGGAGGAGCUGCUGCAGCAGCUGUUCCUGGACAGGCUGGAG